GUUUGUAAAUCCAGGCGAUGAAAGCAGUCCAGUCUGUGAAAAUGGAGACAGCCAACAUGCUACUGAGCAUCCUCUUUCUUUCAGAUGUUUUGGCUGCUUGUCCUCAUCAUUCAGCCCUUUUCAUUACUGCACCAGAGAAAAUGGAAGCGCUGAGUGGAUCUUGUUUGCAGAUCCCAUGUAGCUUUCGUGCCGAACCAGAAGAAACAUUCAGUGGCACAAGGACAACCUUUGGAGUGUGGAUUAUAAGUGACAUUGAUUUUGCCAGAUAUCCAAACAAUGUGAUUUUCAACAAUAGUAGGAGAGUAAACACCUAUCCACUGAAUAUAACCGGAGAUCUGAGUGAGAAAAACUGCACCACUUUAUUUUCCAGUGUAAUCACAAGUCAUACAGACAGGUACUACUUCAGAGUCGAAAACAGGCCAUUUGUGUCAACAGCUUCUUGUAAUCCUCUUCAGAUAAUCGUAAGAGAUUCUCCUCCAAGGCCCAGAAUUGAGAUCUCAGGUGAUCUGAAGGAGAAUGAGUCUGUCACUAUAACCUGCUCAGCGUCCACUCCCUGUCCACACUCCCCUCCCAAACUCACCUGGACUCUUACACAAGACCCACACAACACAAUCGAGGAAAACACAGACCGAACCCUCACAACUAAAAUCAAGACGACCAUCAUUUUGUCAGACCAACAUGAUGGAGUCAACAGCUGUUCUGCCUCAUAUCCUGUGGAGGGAGGAAACUAUAAGACAGCAGAGGAAGAAAUGCCUCUCAGUGUUUCAUACUCCCAGGGACACUUCAGUAAUCAUCAGUCCCACUGAUCCAGUGUCAGUGGGCAGCGUGGUGAACCUGACCUGCUCCUGCAGAGGAAACCCUCCUGUUGUCAACUUUGUGUGGUUCAUGAUGAGUGACAGCAGACUGGAAAUGAUCAAAGUCGAUACACAGGUUUAUGGAUUUAAGGUGACCGACGGUGAUCGAGGCAGAUUGUAUUAUUGUGGAUGCAGAAACGAUGUGGACAUUCAGCUGUCAACAGGACGUCAGCUGAUAUUUGAAGGAGAUCAACAGUCUCGAUCAGUUGGUGUUCAAGUUAUACUGAAGAUCCUGGGAAUCCUAAUGCUUGUCAGUACGCUGGGCAUCUUUGAGUGCUGGUUUAGAUCAAGACACUCCACCAAAGCAGAGAAGGACGCAGAAGAAGCAGUCUAUGUCAACAGUGCUGUGGAGUUUAAAUUCACAAUGAGCCAGGAGACCAGGAGGAUGUUCACUAUGAAUACAAUCACACACUGUAUUGUCUAUUCUGCCGUUUCAGCUUACCACCUACAAUAAAGUGUGCAUUUCCUCUGUAGAAUUUUGAACUCAAAUGAAUAACAUUUUAGCUUUUUUCUGCUUUGUUUGAAUUUAUCAAACACAACACGAAAGUAAAAACAUCCACUUGAAUCAUUAAAUCUCACAUUGAACUGA